CAAUUUCGCUACAACACAUUUAAAACGACUAAACAAUCCCCUGUUUCACUUUCCGUUUAUUGUUAUUGAAUCGAGCCGCUCGUGUUAACCGGAUACGGCACCGGACGUGACGUUUUUCGUCAGUUGACGCCAUAUUGCCCUCAGCUGGAGGAACUCGGGAGGGUUCUUGAGAGAAAUAAAAAAAAAACAUACGGACAGCAUAUCCCUCUCCGACCUACGACGUAUGGAUGCAAUGGCAAGCCCGGGCAAAGACAACUAUCGAAUGAAGAGCUACAAGAAUAAAGCUCUGAACCCUCAGGAAAUGCGGAGACGGAGAGAGGAGGAGGGAACACAGUUACGCAAACAGAAGAGAGAGGAGCAGAUGUUCAAGAGGAGGAAUGUGUCUAUACCACCUGGUGACGAAUCCAUGCUUGAAGGCCCUUGUCAGGACCGUGACAUCAGCUCCACUGUACCUGUAUCAGGUGAAGGAGUUAUAACCCAAGAUAUGAUUCAGAUGAUUUUCUCUGAGGACUCAGACCAGCAACUAAUAGCCACUCAGAAGUUCAGGAAGUUACUUUCUAAAGAGCCCAAUCCUCCCAUUGAUGAGGUCAUCCAGACACCUGGUGUCAUCAACAGAUUUGUUGAAUUCUUAAAAAGACAUGAUAACUGCACCCUGCAGUUUGAAGCAGCCUGGGCCCUGACCAACAUUGCUUCAGGGACCUUCUUCCACACCAAGGUGGUCAUUGAGACGGGGGCCGUGCCUAUCUUCAUAGAGCUGCUCAACUCUGAGUAUGAGGAUGUGCAAGAGCAGGCAGUGUGGGCGUUAGGGAAUAUUGCUGGAGAUAAUGCUGAAUGCAGAGACUACGUACUCAACUGUGGGAUCUUACCUUCUCUUCAGCAGUUGCUUGCAAAAUCAAAUCGACUCACUACCACACGGAACGCUGUGUGGGCACUGUCCAAUCUGUGCAGAGGGAAAAAUCCCCCUCCAGACUUCAUAAAGGUGUCGCCCUGUCUGAGCGUGCUGUCUAGAUUGCUCUUCAACAGUGAUCCUGAUGUUCUCGCAGAUGCCUGCUGGGCACUUUCAUAUCUCUCAGACGGACCCAAUGACAAAAUCCAGACAGUCAUUGACUCAGGCGUGUGCCGCAGACUAGUGGAGCUGCUCAUGCACAGUGAUUACAAGGUGGUGUCCCCUGCACUGAGAGCUGUCGGGAAUAUUGUAACAGGAGACGAUAUCCAGACCCAGGUGAUUCUGAACUGCUCUGCUCUGCCCUGCCUGCUCCAUUUACUCAGCAGUCCAAAGGAGUCCAUCAAGAAAGAGGCCUGCUGGACUGUCUCCAACAUCACAGCGGGAAACCGAGCACAAAUUCAGGCGGUGAUUGAUGCCAACAUAUUCCCAGUUCUAAUCGAGAUUUUGCAGAAGGCUGAGUUCCGCACCAGAAAGGAGGCAGCUUGGGGAAUAACCAAUGCCACCUCUGGGGGCACACCAGAGCAGAUCAGGUACCUGGUAUCUCUUAAAACAAUAAAGCCCAUGUGUGACCUGCUGACGGUAAUGGACUCCAAGAUAGUACAAGUGGCUCUGAAUGGCCUGGAGAAUAUCCUCAGACUGGGAGAACAGGAGUCCAAACAGAAUGGAACAGGAAUCAACCCCUACUGCGCCCUCAUUGAAGAGGCUUAUGGCUUGGACAAGAUCGAGUUCCUGCAGAGCCAUGAAAACCAGGAGAUUUACCAGAAGGCCUUUGACCUGAUUGAGCACUACUUUGGAGUGGAGGAGGAGGAUGCCAGCAUUGCGCCACAGGUGGAUCAAAAUCAGGGGCAGUUUAUUUUCCAGCAGUCUGAAGGACCAAUGGAGGGCUUCCAGCUCUGACCCUUAUCCUGAGCUACUGGACAAGCGUCAGGCCUCAAUUCCUCUAUCCUGCCUGGAGUCUCCUCUCCCUCUCUGUAGGGCAGGACCUCAGCUCUAGCCUUGCAGGCUCCUACAACUGCCCCCCCACUAUCCACAAAUUCUUCCAUUUCCAUCCUGCCCAUCUUCCAAGCUUUGUCGAAGAAAGGAUCUGUGAGAGAGACUGAGGAGGGCAAAUCUCAGAGUCUGUAGUUUAUAUACAGACUUCCAAGAAGCAUUUAGAGCUUCUUAUGAUUGUUAGACAUUGGCACCGGUGUCCUGUAAAUUCAGCUUUACUCCAUGUCCCUUCAGAAAUGUGAAACUACCUCUUCAAUCAGAUAAACGAAGUGUGUGAAAAACACCCAGCCUUUAGCUCUGGCAGUUCUCUUCUCUUGUGAAGUAAAUGCUUCUAUGCAAAUGGAUAUGUAUUUUUGGUGUGUCAAAAUUCACAAUGUGUAAUGUAGUGUUUGGCCAGACAGUGAAACUAAUGUAUUUGCGUUGAUAGGUUUGCAUUGGACAAAUUCCCUUACUUUGUGUGGCACCACACUCACCGUUUAUGUCAUGCCAUGUUUGUUCACAAACAUGCGUAUAUCCUGAGGGUAUGUCUAGCCUAGUACACUAUUUAUUUUAAUGUUAUGUUAACUAGAAUUGUGGUGAUGCACAGAGCCUGAGAGAUUCAGAGCCGUAUUUAUUGUGCUGUUUGGAGGAACUGGUGUAAAGGUUCCGGUUGUUCGGAGACUAAGGCACAGCGCCACCUCGGCACCCACUUUGUUAAUGCUGUUCAAGCAUUCUGGAAACUGUUGUAUGCAAUUAUUUAAGUGUGGUCUCGUGAUCACCAAGAUGCAGUUUGUUGCCAUAGAUUCUUUUCAAUGGGCUGUUCCUCACCUAACAUUUUUGCCGCUGACUGGCUUUGAUUUGUUAAUUUUCACAUGUUAAAAAUAAAUGUGUGUGUGUGUGUGU